CGGGGCUUGCCGGCUCGGGCUACGCGAGUCCUCCUUUUUGCACACACACGAAUACAAAGAGCCAUACGACCUUCGGAUGCCGACCCUACAGCUUGGGGCCUGGGCUCCUCUGACCACCCUCACUGACAAAGGAAAGUGAGUCCAGAGAAGUUGAUGCUUCCUACCUGUUGGAGCGGCCCAGCAGUAUAAGCGUGUUUUUACUGUCCCAUCCACCAUGUCCUUCAGUGCCACCAUUCUCUUCUCCCCUCCUAGUGGCAGCGAGGCCAGAUGCCGCUGCUGCACCUGUAGGAGUGAGACUAGUGGGGGCAACGCAGGCUCCGAGGGCGGGAAUCCUCCUCCUAGCACCCCCAUCACAGUGACUGGACAUGGCCUGGCUGUUCAGAGCUCGGAGCAACUCCUGCAUAUUAUCUACCAGCGGGUGGAUAAGGCAGUGGGUUUGGCUGAAGCCGCUCUGGGUCUUGCCAGGGCCAACAAUGAGUUGUUAAAACGUCUCCAGGAGGAAGUGGGCGAGCUAAGGCAAGGGACAGUGUCCACCCCUGAUGAAGAUGGGGAAAGCCGGGCACAUAGUUCCCCACCUGAGGAGCCUGGGCCUCUCAAGGAGAGUCCCGGGGAAGCCUUCAAGGCUCUGUCUGCCGUGGAAGAGGAGUGUGACAGCGUGGGCAGUGGCGUGCAGGUGGUGAUUGAGGAGCUGCGGCAGCUGGGAGCAGCUUCGGUAGGGCCUGGGCCUUUGGACUUCCCAGCAACUCAGAAGGACAUGCGGCUCCCGGGGUGCACGCUGGCUGCCAGCGAGGGCCCCCCCCUGCUCAAUCCUCUGGUGGAUGAUUAUGUGGCCUCUGAGGGUGCAGUACAGCGAGUGCUGGUCCCUGCUUAUGCCAAGCAACUCUCACCAGCUGCACAACUGGCAAUCCAGCGGGCAACCUCAGAGACAGGACCAGAAAAUGGAACCAAGCUGCCACCACCUCACCCUGAGGACAUGCUCAAUUCCGCUGCUGCGCUGGACAGUGCCUUGGAAGAGUCAGGCCCUGGGAGCACUGGGGAGCUGAGACACUCUCUAGGGCUAACCGUUUCCCCAUGCAGGACCAGAAGAAGUGGGCAGAAGAACUCCAGGCGCAAGCGGGAUCUGGUACUUUCUAAACUGGUCCACAAUGUGCAUAACCACAUCACCAAUGACAAGAGAUUCAAUGGGUCUGAAAGCAUCAAGUCCUCUUGGAAUAUUUCAGUAGUGAAGUUUCUUCUGGAAAAGCUCAAGCAAGAGCUAGUGACCAGUCCCCACAAUUACACUGAUAAGGAGCUAAAAGGAGCCUGUGUGGCCUACUUCCUUACUAAAAGGCGUGAGUACCGCAACUCCCUGAACCCCUUUAAAGGCUUGAAGGAAAAAGAGGAGAAGAAACUUCGAAGUCGCCGAUAUCGGCUUUUUGCCAACCGAUCCAGUAUCAUGAGGCAUUUUGGACCUGAGGAUCAACGUCUGUGGAAGGAUGUGACAGAGGAGCUGAUGUCAGAUGAAGAGGACAGUCUUAACGAGCCAGGUGUGUGGGUGGCCCGCCCUCCCCGUUUCCGGGCCCAGCGCCUCACAGAGCUCUGCUACCAUCUGGAUGCUAACUCUAAGCAUGGCACCAAAGCCAACCGUGUGUAUGGGCCCCCCUCAGACAGACUGCCUUCUGCUGAAGCCCAGCUUCUUCCACCAGAACUUUAUAAUCCUAAUUUCCAAGAAGAGGAAGAUGAGGGAGGAGAUGAGAAUGCAUCUGUCUCCCCAUCUUUUGACCAGCCCCACAAAACCUGCUGUCCUGACUUGAACUCAUUCAUUGAAAUCAAGGUGGAAAAGGAUGAAUGAAAUCUAUAGCCAAGAAUAACUCUGGCUCCCACCAUGCCUCAUGUCCCAGAAAUAGGUGGCCAUGGGGCUUCCCAAAAUAAUGAGAUGCUCUGUGCAGUCUGAGAAAGC